CCAGUGCUGGGGCCGCCCCCGGCCGGGGGCUCUGCUGGGUCCUGGCGCCCCGUGCCCACCGGACGCGCCUCGCCGCCCGCGGCCCCGGACAGGCAGGUACCGACCCCGGUGCGGGGAGCUGCGGCCGCGGGCGAAGCCGGCCGGGGAGUGGGGAGGCGGCCCCGCGUGGGCAGGUGGCCGGGUGGCCGGGGGCACGCACCCGGCCGGGGCAAGGGCAGGGUGUGCACGGGUGUGCACACGCAUGCACACGCAAGCAGGGGUAGGGAUGCGUGCAGAUGGACGGGCAGGCAGGCAGCAUCCAGGGAUGAGCACAGGUGUGCACACACCCAUGCACUCAGAAACACACAUGCAUGCACAUAUGUGCACGUGCACACCCGCCUCCACACGCUCACACACACAAAGUCGUGGGCACUACAUGCACACGUGUUCUCGUGUACACCCCGGGCCAUAUAGACCUAAAGGAACAAAGGCUCAAAGUGAAGCAGCACUACCCACACGGUGGCACACACAGGUACUGUCAUGUCACUCACACACCUGGGCAUAUCUGCACAGACACUCCCGCUGCCCUGGUGUCACCUGCCAUGCAUGCACAAUCACAACAGCCCUACGGCGUCGCACACCUUGCAGAGUGGCCUCAGAGCAUGCAGUAGUGCACUCACAGGCACUCACAAUUAUGCUCUCCAGUUGUGCCCAACCACGCAUGCAACACUGAUUUCUGCACAGCUACCUGGGAGGCGUAUACAGCUUAGAACUACACACAAUCGCAACAACGCCAUCACAGUCACACCAGCAGAGAGCUUCUCCAGUACCCAUGAACUUAGCCUUGCUGAAUCAGUUGCUGUUUUACACAACUCCACACAAUCACAUCUAAGUGUGUGCUUAAUUGCACCACACUUGUGAAGACAGUGACACAGGAAUAGGCAUACAGAUCUGAUACUACACACACACACACAAUUGCAUUGUGCUGACACUUGGCUCUCACACAUGUGCACACAUGCAUGCACACACGCAUGCAUCUGAGCUCUGCCCCUCUUCUCUCUUCCUGGCUAGCACAGGGCCAAGGGGGCACUCCAUGGGCAGAGAUGCCUGCCCCAGCCUCCAGCACUCACCCCCACUUUUCCUGUAACUGGUUUAAAGGCUACCUCUGGCAUGACCAUGGUGGAUCUCACUACCCCACACAUGGAGAGCCCAUGGGGCCACCUUGCACAAAUGCAGCCAGUAGCAGGGGUUGGCUGAUGGAAGGCAUUUUUACUGGUGCCAAGGGGCUAAGAGACACUUGGGAGGGAAGUGGGAGUUGGUGGGCAAGCAGUGCCUGCAGCCUGAGUGCAAAUGAAUUAGGACUAGUGUGGACUUAGUUGGACAGGGCAGGGGAAGUUGAGAUGAGAAGGAAGGCAGGCUGGGGGUAGUGGCUGUGUGCUGCUGUGAGAUGGAACUAGGAUGCUCCAGGAGGGGAAACAAGGUCUGGUGGCUUAGAGCAGGGGGCCUGGGACUUUUACCUAAUCAUGCCCUGCCUUGGGGUCCUGGCUGUAGGGGAACACACCGCUGUGGUUUGGAAUGGAAGAGACCAGGUGGGCACUUCUCCUGCUCACCAUCUCUCCUCCCCCAGAGUGAUGCUCAUGUAGAUGAAUGGAGUUCCUCAUGGAGCGAGCCAAGCAGAGGGAGCGCAAUGGUGGGGAAGCAGAUGUGUGCCCGUCACGGGGCAGACAGGAGUGGGGGCCACGCCUGACCCUGGAGCCCACAGGAGGAGCCAGCUGCUAUGACACUAGUGCACAUCACCUGCGGGUGACAGGGACCUGGGCCCUGCCCCCCAGCACCUGCUAUGCCCAGCCCAAAUGGAGCAAAGCCCAGCGCUGCCCAGAUCAUGGCACAGGCACCCCAGCACAGGGCAGGCGGGGAGUGGGGCCUGUUUCAGAGCCUGCCAGGCCAUGCUGGCGGGCAGCAUGGGGACCCAAGCUGCACUCAGCAUUGACUCCAAGACCCCGAGAUGGGACCACCACAGUGGUGACGCAGGUCCCAACCCCUAAGCCCUGUGUCCCCUACCAUGCCCGGCUGGCAGCUCCUGGCUGGCUCCUUCCUCUGGAAGAGGCAGGAGAAGGUGUCCAACCAGAGACAAUGGGUGUGGCUUCUGAAGACCAAUCAGAAGAUGGUGGUGGCAGCCCUGAGGGCCACCUACUGCUUAUCGAUGACAAGGGGGUACCAUACACAGUGCCACGGCAGGAGCUAGAGGUGGGGCCAGGGGCAGGGCCAGCACAGCUCACAUCUCCACGACGAACACACUUGUGCCCCGUGUGCCUCCGUGCUUUCCUGUACCUGUCGGACCUGGAGCGACACAGCAUCACCCACUCAGAGCUCAAGCCCCAUGUGUGCCGGGCCUGUGGCAAAGCCUUCAAGCGCACCUCGCACCUGGAGCGCCACAAGCACAUCCACACUGGGCAGCGCCCCUUCCGCUGCAGCGUGUGUCAGAAGGGCUUUCGUGAAUCAGGCGAGCUUCUGCGGCACCAACGUGUGCACACAGGCGAGCGUCCCUUCCAGUGCCCACUGUGCCGCCUGCGCUUCACCGAACGCCAUACCUUGCGACGCCAUGCCAAGCGCAAGCAUGCUCAUGAUGCCUGCUGUCCAGAUGCCUGGGAUCAUGGGGCUCCAGGGCUGCCUGGUGCUGAUGGCAAGAGCCAAACAGGCUGGGGGGAACCAGGUGCAGGGCUGGAAACACCCUAGUGGCACUGGGACCCCCUGUACCAGGGUCCCUGGGAGCAUAGUGAGUGGUUGAACCUAAAGAGACCCCAGCUUGGAGCCACCCCUAGCCCCUGGGAUAGGGCUACAGUGGGGUGCCAAGAAGACCCCAAGGGACAUGGGGGAGAUCUAGUUGGGGGAGCCCCUAUUUUAGCUUCCUCCAAGGCAGGACUCAGUGGCAUGGGUGCAACAGGUGCCCACCCCUAGCAGGUGGCUGUGUCUGUUGGUGGGAGGGUGGUGCUGGUGUCCCACACAUGGUAGAGGAGCACACGUGUGGCCAUGGUAAGGGGUUGUCUGUCAUUCUGGGCCCAGAUGUGUGCUCGGUGAUGAGUUGGAUGCAAUAAAGGUUCAGCUCUGUACAGC